UGGGAGAGGCAGAAGGGUGUGUGCUUACAUGAACCACUUCAGCCCUUCUGCUCGUGUGCCACUAGUCUCUGUGUCUCUUUUCGGGCAGAGAAUAGAAAAGUUGGGGCAAAGUCUGAGUCAGCUCCAGCAGCCUACCAGACACUUAAAGCAACUCCCAUCUACAGUGACAGGUUUCUUCUCUCUCUCUCUCUCUCUCUCUUUUUUUUAUUUUUUUUACUGCUCUCUCAUUCACUCACCCUCUCUCUGUUUCACACACACACUCACACCACCCGUCACUCCUGGCAGAGGGAAGACAGGACCACAGGAGGACUGUUACACACCUUUACUCCCAGCUUACUCACCCAGCCAUCGCCAGACGUUUUGCCCAGGAUGUGGACGCUUCUCUUGGGGGUCACCUUUGGAUUACUGGCCUCCACCAGGUCCGAACUACUUCAAGUGAAGUCCCGUUCCUGCAGCUAUGCUGGGGUAUUUCUGGCUGAGGGAGCAGACCGUCACUUCCUGAACUUUGACAUGGCUCAAAAGGUGUGUGAGCAGCUGCAGAGCACCAUGGCGCAUCCUGAUCAAGUCCAGGAAGCCUAUGACAAAGACAUGGAAACAUGCAGGUAUGGCUGGACCAGCAAUGUGAGCAUUGCCAUCCUCAGACAGUCUCACCAUGAAAACUGUGCAAAGAACAACACUGGCUUCAUUUUUCAACCGCAUGUUAAUGCUGAGGAACGCUAUGAUGUCUACUGCUAUGAUAACGAAGCUGAGCCUGGGAUGGACUGUUCAAAAAAAUUUGAAGUCAAUGGACCUUUACCCACAGGUGCACCAGCCCCAACAAUGGCAGAGGGCCAGGAAGAGACCACUCCAAAAACACGACAUGAGGAUUCUUCCGGAAGUGAUGGUGGAGACACCACAUUAACACCUGGGCACCUUACAUUGCCAGCCACCACUGUUAACACAGAAAUUAGCGUGGAUGAGCCAGAGUCUUCCACAGAGGGCCCUGCUGUAGAAGAAAACCCUUUUGGAGGGAGUGAAAACGGCAGCAUGGGGUCCACUUUCAUGCCUGAAGAGUUCGAUCAGCCUGCUGGAUCUGGGAUGCAGCCUGAGGAGGAGACAGUCUCUCCAACGGCCCCUGUUGGGGAGCCAGAGGAAGCACCACCUGCCACCGAAAAUGAGCUAGAAGAAGAGAAAAAAAGGCAUGAUGGAGAUGAUGAUAAAACUCCACAACAGGUACACCCUCAUGGCAAGGAUAGGGUCCUGACUCCUAGUACACAGGAGCCCAAUCAACGGGAGAAAAGCAAUUCAAACUGGCUGGUAAUCCUUAUAGUGAUUGUAGCAGUUGCUGCUAUUCUUCUCGUAUGCGCAGCUGUUGCCAAAAGAAAGAGCUGGUGCGGCAGACAGCAGACCCUGAUAAUCACAUCCAAAGAUGGUGGCGAGGGGAAUGGUGCUGCGGCAUCGGUAUCCAGCUCCCACGCCCAGGAGAGAGAGCAGGAAAUGGUGACCCUCAUGAACAAGGAGAAGAUUCAGGAGAAUGGCAACACAGAGGAGUUCACCGUCAUCACGCUAGAGGAGUCGCCAGAUAAAGAACAGCUGGCGUGAAAGAGGAGUGCAGUAGAAGCAGAUAGGAAAGAGAAGGUGAGGAUAGUGAGGGAUAGAGUGAGGGGAUGGUUGGGAGAUUGGAUGGGUUGGGGGGUUGGGGUUCCAAACACUGGGUGGUAAAAACUGCUUUGGUGGCCAGCACUGGAUGGACACUGAGUAAGGGUGUAAGUGUGUGUCAUUUAGAAAAAUUAUCUUACCGAGGUACAACGUAUUGUACUGUGGCUUAAGCUGUUACCGCUCAGUGGGACCAUGUCUUUCAAACCAAUAUGUGCAGCAUUUUGUUUGUUGUGGUAUGCCAGGUUAGCUAGGGAAAUGAAUGGUGGUCAAAGAGCACCGUGCAUGGUGGAGUGUCAUGCAUCGGUGCAUAGCAGGGUGUGUGAUUGUGUUUAUUGUCUUUGUGUUUGUGAGCUGUAGGCUUUGUUGAUGAUGGUGCUGGAUAGACAUGGGUUUUAAAGGGAGGGGGACUAAUUUGUGAAGAACAUAUUGAUGAAAUUAUACCAUUCUGUUUUUAUAGUGUUGGUGGAUCCUAAAUUCAAGGGCAUUCAGCCUAGAUGGGAAAUAAUGAAUCAAUGAUGAGAACUGGGUUAUUUUAUUUGAGAUACUGAAAACAGAAAAAACAUAAUAAUUUUGAGCAAAACAACCCUAGAUGUUUUCCAUAUGUUUCUUUUUUUUUCGUCUGUUUUCUUAUUGUUGUAACCUUGUGUAUAUUUCAGACAUUACCUGUGGACUGGAGUUUGGUUAUUUUCCAUUUUCAAGACAACUUGGGGAUGUCACCACCUUAAUUUAUGCAGCCCUGAUUCCCUUUUUCUUGAUCAUUGUAUAUACAGUAUAUGUUUUGGAAAUGCCUUAGCAAUAGCUGCCAGUGCUUUUUUUGUUGUUUUGAUAGAAAGGGGCUUUGUAUCCCUUUUAAAUAAAGGAAUGUGUCAAUUUUUUGAGAGUUAUUUAACUAGAAAAGAGUACCUCUGAGGUAAAGAAAUGUAAAUGGAUUUUGCAAUAGUCAAAGUGGAGUGGAUAAUGUAUGAAUCAACUUGAUGUAUAGCAAUCAAAACUGUGCAACUGAUGCACCAUUGAAGUCAGUUAAUAUUUAUAUUGGGUUGGGAAUACAAAAAUAUGAAGUCCCUGAUGUUAUCCUGAGGAUAAGUAGAAUAAUAUACAUGAUGUACAUACUAUAUACACAGUGUGUACGUUGAUUAAGGAAUAAAAAAAGAACAAUUUGGAUAUAGUAAUCAUCUUUUGAAUGCAACAUUUAAACUCAGUCACAAAAAGUGAGUGACAGCCGCCUAGUUUUAGAUGCUGAAUUACAUGGCACAUAUGAUAAUGGAGGGCCCAUGUGCUGUAAACACAGGAAUGUAAAGGGUUCUUCAUAAGAGAGGGGCUGUGACAACAUCUUUGUGUGCUCCAGAGGGGGAGGUGAUGUGAUGAAUGAGGCUUGUGUGCUUGCCAAGGCCUCAAUGUGCCAAUCUCUGUACAUUUCACACAUGUAAACAAAAUGCUGCAGUUUUUCUACUGACCCUCUCCUUGGUGAAAUAUAUCAUACAUUGUGUCAUAUCAAUAUUAUUCCCUGUGUGACAGCUAUUUUUCCUGAUUUGUUAGUGCAUACAGCAGUCGCAAACUGAGUUUUUGUUUCUGACUUGUUCCAUUUUAUUUCUCCUGCUUUUGCUCUGGUGGUUCAUUUUGAGGAGAUGUAGCAAAUGUACUAGUGUAGGCAGGUUUCAUGACAAAUUAACAAAAGAUGUCACUGAAAAGAUUUGUAAACUCAUGAGCAAAAAUAAAUGUGUAUAGAAAGA